ACUUUAAAAACCACCACUGGAGCAAGACAGCGCAGCUUUUCUUUUGUACUGCUUUAUAAUUAUCAUGUAUACAGUUUAAUUAAUGAUAUCCAUCCAAUGAUUUAUGACUAAUAUAUUACAUUUUAAGGUCUGUAUAAAAACAAAUAACAAAAACUGUGCUGAAAGGUCAGAAUUCCCAUGAACACGUGAAUGCACCUCUGCAGUUACUAUAGAAACGAAGUACGGCUAAUGUUUGCUAGCUGACAACAGUGCGCUGUCACACAGAGUUUACAGGGAUGUUUUAAAAGAUGGAGGACCGGUUUGCCUUUCUUACAGAGUGGUAUGACCCCACCUCCGCCCUCCUGCGGCGUUAUCAACUGUUUUACUACCCCAGAGAUGGCUCAGUAGAAAUGUUCGAUGUAAAGAACCAGCGGAUAUUUCUGAGAAGGACCAGAUACGAUGACAUCCAUCAGGAGGACUUAUUUAUUGGGAAUCGAGUGAACGUGUUCUCACGACAGCUACAUCUGAUCGAUUACGGGGAUCAGUACACAGCAAACAAACUCGGCAGUAAAAAAGAAAGAACGCUUGCUUUGAUAAAGCCAGACGUAGUCACCAAGAUCGGAGAUAUCCUUGAGCUGAUCUACUCCUCCAACCUGAUAGUGACCAAAGCCAAGAUGACAAAGCUCACGUGGAGCCAAGCAGCUGACUUUUACGCUGAACAUCAAGGCAAGCCGUUCUUUAAUAACCUAGUGCAGUUUAUGUCCUCGGGGCCGGUGGUUGCCAUGGAGCUGAUGGGUGAUGAGGCCAUGUCUAUCUGGAGGGGGCUCUUGGGAACUUCAGACCCUGCUGUGGCGCGGAGGGAGGCGCCACAGAGCGUCCGUGCCCAAUUUGGAACAGAUGGCAUCAAAAAUGUCGGGCAUGGCUCCGACUCACCCGCUGCAGCAGCAAGAGAAACUGAAUUUUUCUUCCCUUCCACGAUUGGGCACGGUCCCUCUAACACAGCCGUCUUUACCGACUGCACAUGCUGCAUCAUCAAACCCCACGCCAUAUCCGAAGGUCUGGCUGGGAAGAUCCUGAACUCCAUAUCUGCAGCUGGAUUUGAGAUCUCAGCUCUUCAGAUGUUCAACAUGGACCGGGUGAAUGCCGAAGAGUUCUAUGAAGUCUACAACGGCAUCGUCACAGAGUAUCCUAACAUGGUGACCGAGCUGUGCUCUGGACCCUGCAUGGCCCUGGAGAUUCAUGGCACAGACGCACCAAAGACCUUCAGGGAGUUCUGUGGCCCUGCUGAUCCGGAAAUUGCACGGCACCUUCGUCCAACCACGCUGCGCGCCCUGUACGGCAAAGACAAAGUGAAAAACGCCGUCCACUGCACAGACCUCCCCGAAGACGGUGUUCUGGAGGUGCAGUAUUUCUUCAAGAUUUUGGACGGAUGAAAACCAUGUUGAACUACACAGUCAAACACUUCCAGUUUUCUCAUUUUUCUGUUUAUUGUUCCAGCCUUAUGCAGAUUAAAUAAAGUAACAAGAGCAGACUCCUGACAAGUGUUUUGAUCUUCAACACUGAAUUAAGCAUUUUUAACACCAACUAAAACAUUGUAUUACACGGGAUACUGCAUUGCCUCUGAUGUUCUUGAACUUAUUGACCAGCGACUUUGGUAUUAGAUUCAUACGUUACACUUUUGGAAAAAAAAAAAAUUAAAAAAAAAAAAAAAAAAAAUGUACAACUGCAUAAAUAUAAAAUUCGUCCACCAUGAAAAUGGCUAAAACAUUCAAUAGCAAGUAGCAUCACACAUUGCGUGAUGUCUCCAGCAAAACAGAUUUCAGAGAACUGAGUCGCCACUGUUUCUGUGGAGGUGACGGUCUUCUAGGCUGGACCCACAAAGCUCUACACUACGAAUCAAAAAAAAUAAAAAUUGCAUGAAAGUAUCAAACAUAAAUGUAAUCAAACCAUAACUAACAGCUAAGGUGAACAAAACAAAUGUGCCCCUCCUCCAAUAACCGGGACGAAGAAGCGCAAACACAGAGCAGUUAUUUACUCAGACGUGGGCCUUAGACGUUCAGAGUACCAUGCCAGUAAUUCAGUUAGAGCACAUGAACACACACUCCUGUAAACGCCUGCACAUAGACACGAGCACACACGCGCACACACACCUUGGACCACUAAA